CAUGACAAUAGUUGACGUCGUCGAUCGCUUGCUUUUAGCUGUGUUUUAAAAUUAAAGAAUGGAAAUGUUUAGUUUUAUAUGAGAACAUUUAUCAUACGCACCUUGCUCGGAUUUGUCUGUGUUUAGACGUGCCUGAGUUCUGUUACUUUAAAAAAAACCUGUUCAUCAGUACCAUUCCCGAGCUGAGUUACAGAGUUAUGGACUCAAGGUCAUUUUUUAUUGGACAACACUGACUUGGACUUCGGCUUGGACUUUGCAGUUUGUUUAAAUGAUAACUGCUUUGCGCAAUUUUUCUGGACGAUGGGGUGUGCAAAAUCAAAAGAGGAGCAUGUGCCUGGCAAUGAGAAGAUCAUGAAAACAGAUUCAGUACGUAAAUCCCAACAAGCUCAUUAUGUGAAAGAUCCCACAUCUGGUAUUAAGACUAACAGAAACAGCUCAUCAAAUCUGCCGUGUACAACAGACGGUCCUGAAGAGGUGGUCAUCACGCUGUACGACUAUGAAGGCAUACAUGACGGGGACCUAAGUUUUAAGAAGGGAGAGAAAUUAAAAGUCUUACAGAAGUCGGGUGAAUGGUGGAGUGCCAGGUCUAUGAUCACCGGGCAGGAGGGCUACAUUCCCAGUAACUAUUGUGCCAAGGUCAAUUCACUGGAGAGCGAGGAAUGGUUCUUUAAAGGUGUUAGUCGUAAAGAUGCUGAAAGACAGCUUCUUGCACCUGGAAAUAAAACCGGUUCCUUCAUGAUCCGAGACAGCGAGACAACCAAAGGAAGCUAUUCUCUGUCAGUCAGAGACAGUGACACUCAGUCUGGGGACACGGUGAAGCAUUACAAGAUCCGAACGCUGGAUAAUGGAGGCUUUUACAUCUCCCCGAGAAUCACGUUCCUCACCUUGCAGGACCUCAUCAACCACUACAAGAGACAGGGGGAUGGUCUGUGUCAGGCCCUCACGGUGGCGUGUAUCAACCUGAAACCUCAGAAGCCAUGGGAGAAGGACGCCUGGGAGAUCCCGAGGGAGUCUCUGAAGCUGGAAAAGAGGCUGGGGGCAGGCCAGUUUGGGGAGGUGUGGAUGGCCACGUACAACAAGCACACGAAGGUAGCAGUGAAGACGAUGAAGCCAGGGACCAUGUCAGUGGAGGCGUUCCUAGAUGAGGCGAACCUGAUGAAAAUGUUGCAGCAUGACAAGCUGGUGAAACUCAACGCCGUAGUCACUAAGGGGGAGCCUAUCUACAUCAUCACUGAGUUCAUGGAGAAAGGCAGUUUACUGGAUUUCCUGAAAAGCGAUGAGGGAAACCGGCUGCAGCUCCCUAAACUGAUUGAUUUCUCUGCCCAGAUUGCAGAGGGGAUGGCUUAUAUUGAGCAGAAGAACUACAUCCAUCGGGAUCUGAGAGCUGCUAAUAUUCUGGUAUCCAAGUCUCUAGUGUGCAAGAUAGCUGACUUCGGGCUGGCCCGAAUCAUCGAAGACAACGAGUACACGGCCAGAGAAGGAGCAAAGUUUCCCAUCAAAUGGACAGCUCCUGAAGCCAUUAACUACGGCUCUUUCACGAUCAAAUCCGAUGUCUGGUCCUUUGGCAUCCUCCUAACAGAAAUCAUCACCUACGGUCGCACUCCUUAUCCAGGGAUGUCAAACCCUGAGGUGAUCCGGUCCCUGGAGCGCGGGUACCGCAUGCCACAGCCAGAAGCUUGCCCCAAGGAGCUCUAUGAGAUCAUGCUGAAGUGCUGGAAGAACAGACCUGAAGACCGCCCCACCUUCGAGUACCAGCAGAGUGUGCUGGAGGACUUCUACACUGCCACUGAGAGCCAGUACCAACAGCAGCCUUGACGGGGAGAGCAGGACACCGAACGGAAAGGAAUACUUGCUGGUGGGAGGAGAGGGCUACAGUAACUAACUGAUAACCACAGCACACAGUGUGCACCACUUUCUAAUAAGAGAGAGUCAAUACAAAUAAAAGAAAAUGUCAAAGGUUCCUAGCUUUAGGAAGUGUUUAAAAAAUUUUAAAAAAUUACAAAUAUUUAUUCUUUAUUAGUUUUAUGAAAAUAAUUUGUUGUAGACUAUUGCUAAAAAUGACUAACAAACUGCAUUUGAUCCCUGAAUAUAUUAGUUAAAGCCUAAGUGGAAAAACAAGUUAACUGAAGGGAUGUUUUGUGCAGUUUAUUUAUUUAUUUUUUUUAUUAUUAUUAUUUUUUCUUGUUUCUUGUCUGAGGUAAAAAAAAAAUUAAAAACAAAACAACAAUAGAAAAAAACAAUUUUAAAUCAAUCAAACAUAAACACUGGCAAGUAACCCAUCAAAAGAUACAGGGUUAGAUCCCCAAAGCCAGUUGCUCCAAAUCAUCAUAAGCACAAUUUUAUAGAAAGAAAAAAUGCAUUCGAUAAAGUUAACAAUCCAUUUGUUUUAGUGUUGUAAUUGCUGUUUCUGCCUCACAGACGAAAAUGUGCGCUAAGGGCAAAUUUGCAGUAUGUAGCUUUGAGAAGCUAGCUCAUAGUUGUUUAAUAUAUAUUUUUUUUUACUUAAGAGGUGCACUGUUAAACCUGGCUACAAACCUGCAUUCAAACUGUUUAAGCACUAAUCCUCUCAGGGAAAGGCCUCACUGUGUGUGUGUGUGUGUGUGUGUGUGUGUGUGUGUGUGUGUGUGUGUGUGUGUGUGUGUGUGUGUGUGUGUGAGAGAGAGAGAGAGAGAGAGAGAGAGAGAGGUGUGUGUCAGAUCACAGUGCCAGCAGAUCUCAGUUUUUAUUAAGAAUGAAAAUUCAGAGAUUAGGGGAAUUAUUGGAAUGGAUUUUUAAGUCGCUUCUGAAAAGUGAAAACAUGAAGCCUGAGUCUUGGCGCUAGAGAAAACAUUUAGUAAAACUGUUCCUUUUGUGCUUCACUUAAAGACAGCUCUGUAAAUAUCUAUCUCAGUUCAAAGGUAUGUAUUUCUUCAUUUCAAGUAAUUUUAGCAGGAUAGCUCCCUGCAGAUUCAAUUCGGUACAAUGAUAUCGGAAUUGUCCCACCCCAGUGGACUGGGGCUACACCAAGCUUUGUUUUAAUUUUACUGUACAUUGUGCUCAGUCAAGCGGUAACCUGAGGAAGAAAUGUAAUGUCAAGGGAAUCAAUUCAAUACACAUGGUGGCCAAAUUGAGGUUCACUGGGAUAUAGAAAAUACAGGACUCUGGACACCAGGGCUUACUAUAUGCUUAAUUUUAACGGUGUUUAUUUUUUAGUUUCCAUUUUGAAUGUUACUGUAGCUCAAGUUUUCAGCAUUUUAAAAUGGCAGCUGGUUACUGAACUAUUCACUGGUAUGUGUAUUAAGGGCUAGGUUGUAGGAAUGUGACUCUAAAUAUUUGUACCCUCUUGUUUCUAAGUAUGGCCUAUAUUAGGCCAAGAUGCUUCGAAAUUGUGAAUUACGAGAACUGAGCAAGCUUGGGUACCCGAGUUACAACCUCUAUUUUACAUGAUGUGAGUGAUGAAGUCACAGGUCGUUGCUGGUCUCUUGGUCCAGAGAACCUCAUGGUUGAAGGCCAUGGGGAUAGCCUUCUUCAUCGGUCAUAACAUCCAUCGGCCACCAGGGGGAGUCCACCACACAUGAGAAAGUCUUGGUAACAGGAAAAUAAGGAUUGUCAAUCCAUAUGAGUAUGAAGUUUAUGAAUAUGUUUUUUUUUUUAUGAUUUAACAGCUGUCAGUUUGUAUUAUAAUAUAGCUUAACAGAUCAACAAGUAAAUAAGAUCAUAAAAUACUGUAUAGUGUGUGGCCCUUAUACAUAAAUAAUGCCCAAUGAAGAUUUUUACAUUUUACACAAAUUCCAUAUGAAGAAGCUUACUGUGCACCUCUAUCAUUGCAUUAUUGUUAUAGUUGUUAUUAUUUUAUUGUUGUUGUUAUAAUUGUUAUACAUACAUUAAUUGAAAAGACCUUGCACCCUGUUGCUCUUGACAACUACAAUGUUGUUACUCUUCAAAUCUAGAGGUUCUUUUAGCAAACUAAUACUGUUCUGUGCAUGUAUUCUGCAAGCAGCACCAGCAGUUAUAUUUAGGCUAUGGGACGCAGAGCUGCAAUAUUUUCCUGCAAUCAGGGCAGUGGAUAACAUUUAUUGUGCCUUAUUUUUUUCAUUUUUUUUUUUCAUUAUUUAUUCUAUUUGACAGAUUAUACUACUGUACUAGGUUUAGUGAUAUUUUAAACCCUUUCCAUAAUCAAUAGGCAGUAUCAUAGACAGCCAGGACAAAUACUUCACAUAUACCAUUACAUAUAGCAACAAAUGCCACUGAGAUUGUCAGUCUUACCCCCUCUUCCCUUUUAUGACGUCUCCAGUAGCUGGGUUUUGCAGCUAAGACACCUGGAUUUGUAUCAUCUUUCUGUUGCUCAAUCCAGCUGGCUGCUGUCUUGCUUGCUUUCUUUGAUUCAUGUGUUCUUAAGAAUUCACGUGAUAGUCAUAUCAAGUCAUAUCAGGAAUGCUGGCGGCUCAAAUCAAAUUUAAAAACAUAUUUUUGAGCUGCAGAUUGGCCAAAUAAAAUCUGGGCUAGAGCCAAUGUCAUUACAAGCUGCUGCCCUGUACUCUUCACGUCUGCUCCUGUGCCGUUUGAUCAUUUUUAUUUCACAUUUUGGAAUAAGCCAUUAGUUAAAUAUCAAUAGAGAUAAAUUAGCAUGCCCUCCGUCUUAUGAGAAAACUGCAAAAGGGCUCAUGGCCAAAAAAAUGUUGAGGACCACUGGCAUAAAGUCAUCACUCAGAAGACUGCGGGAAUUGGAAGUGUAGAUACAGGAAAAUGCAUCUUUUAAAUAUUACACAAUUUAUAUAAAAGAUGCCUAUUCCAGAGCAAACUAAUAUGUUAAGUAAAAGAUAACACACACACAUUAUACAUAUACACCUGUAUGUUCAUUGAAUCCCCCCAAAAAGAUGGGGUAAAGAUUAUAUGUGUUAUGAUCCUUUUUAUAUGUAUUUUGAAUUUUUAUGGUACUUUUUAGAUUUGCUUAUUAAAAAAAAAAAAAGAAAAACAUGACUUCAAUGGUGUGAUCGUGGUGUGUGUUUAAAUUGAAUUUACAUGCAUUCUCUUUAAGGGAACAAGCAUAAAGGGCAACGCAGAUCCUGUAACAGGUCCACUGAAUAACUAGGCAGAAACUGAUAUACAGUAUAUGUGAAAGUGGAUCCGAACUGUUGAAUAGGAAAACAAAUAUUGAUGAUGAUGAUUAUUAUUAUUAUUAUUAUUAUUGAAUCCACACAAAAAAAUGAUUUAUUACUGCAGGCAUCUUCCUUCUAGUAGGAUAAGUAAGUCAUUGGCAUCAGUCAUUAACAAUUCCCCUGUACUGUAAC